CUCUAUAUCUAUAUAUAUAUAUAUGUAUCUCACCUACACGUCAUACUUCAACACUUAUUUGCAUUUGCAACGCUCAAAUCUGAUUAAUGAUCUGUACAAACACACUUUCCGCGCGUUUUCGUCACCCGCUUAUCAUAACAACUCACGCCGAGAACCAGGCCAACACAUGAGCUCGCCAAGUAAACAUUUUUUUUUGUACUUCUUUGACCAUUAGAAUUUUGCAGAUCGUUUUGUUCAGAUCAUGUUUCUUACGUUCAUAAACAAGCUUGGGAGAUUGUUCUAACGUCGAGUUUUAAGACUCUCACCGUUUAUUUUUUUUUUUUUUUUGCGUUUCUAUGUGUUUCUAGAGAAUUUGCAAUACUCGUUGUGGAUAGUAAAAAUUAGUGGAUGUAGCGGAUGGAUUACUCGAUGAAUCGAUGAAAUUGAUAUUGAUAAAAGAUCCACAUUAUCUCCGAUCUGACGUAAUGUAGUCAUCGUACACACACCCAUUGCGAAACAAAAUUAGUCACAUGCUUUGCGCGAAGUAAAUUUGAUAUUUUUUCAUAUAUGUAUAUAUGAAUCAUCAUAUCAGUCAAAUGAAAGAGCCGACGAUAUCGUAGAAAAAAAAAAAAAAAACAAGGAACUUAUUACAAAUACGCAACGCACUGAUUCAACACAUAUCGGACGUAAAUUAAUUGCUCAGAGAGUGCAAUCAGUUCAAGACGAACAUUGUCUUGUAUCGUGUUUGCGUUAUCUUUAACGCUAUCGUACUGCGGGAAUUUUUGUGAGAAACAUAUUAUCGAGUUCGCGGCGAGGAACGGAAAUCUCUCGAGCGUGCGCAGAGAGAUUCGGUCGAAAUUCGGAAAAUCGGCGGCCAAUUCGUCUGAAAAUAGAUCCGUUCGCGAUAGCGCGCGUCGAACAUAAAGAAAUAAUAGCUUUACAAAAAUAUUUAUGUAUUCGGAAUUAUUCCGCAUAUACGUGUUUUACAAUCCGCCCGUAAAUCCUCGCGCUUUUCGUAUUCUUGCGCGCAUUUUAUUACAUGUAUACUCGUACGUUCGAUAGAGACGCAAAUAAUUUAAUUAGACAGAUUUGUAAACAAAAAAAAACUAUUUGUAUACGUGAAAUUAAUAUAAAUGUUACAAAACAAACAUUUGCACCGGGAUUGAGACGAGAGUAAACUCACCUUGUGUCGCACACGGUCAUUAAAGCAUAAACGGCAGAUCAUUUCCUUCGCGAGAGAUGAAAGCUGUUUCGCAUAGGUUCUGCCUGCUGUCGAUGCCGCCGUCUCGCGACGAGACGCAAACAGACGCGCGUUGUAAACUCUUGUAAUUUUUUUAAACUGAAAAAAAAAAAAAAAAAAGAACAAGAACGCAGAUUUUGCACGAUAAUGAGACCGAGGAAAGCGGAAGUUCUGUUAGCGACGUUGUAUAUAGGAUCCACGUUGCUGUCCAUCACGUCCAUCAUUUCGCUGGUGACUGCAUGGCAGCAUUGGACAUGGACGUUGGACACUUGCAUCAGCGUGGAUUGCGGCUGCAUACUGUACGGGAUCAACGCGUUCCGCACAUUCGUGGGUGGCGACGUGAGGCUUUGCCAAUUCGGCUCGUACGCCCUCAUACCCGGCAUUCUGAUCGCUUUGUGUCUAGGCGGUUAUCACGGGUACAGAUGUUGCAUAAAUAAGAAUUUGGACAAUCCCAGACGAAUGACCCGUGAGGAGUACAGCAACGACAGAAAUAAUCUCAAUGGGCAAAUCGUCAUGGUUCGGAUGAAAAGAAGGGCCGUUUUCAAACACUGGAUGCCCAUCGCUUUCCUCACAGCGCUGAUCUCUUGCCUGUCCCUCGCUCAUAUGGUCGUAAUAACCGAUGGCUACUACAGAACUUGCGACCAGUACAGACGGAAUCUCGUUGAGGUCUUGGGCUCGAGAGGUCGCGAAAUUCAAGUGAUUCACAAUAGACUUGCGUGCGGCGCGAUUUUCGAUUUUAUGGACUAUCUCCACCCGGACACCAACAACUGGGUUCGCGGCAGCGAGAUCAAUACGGGGAUCGCGCUUCAGCUCGCGAUCACCACGAGUUGGUUCAACUUCUUCGCCUGGCUUUGCGCGUGCACGAUAAACUUUAUCAUGGCGAGAAAGAGGCUGCACAAUUUAGGAGAGAAAUUCUGCUGUUGCUGCUGCUGAGUGACUGAUUCUCUCCCGCGUGUGUUUGUUUUUUCUGUAAGAGGUUUUUUAUAAAAUAAAAUUGUGACGAUACUUCUUAGAAACAAAAACAAAAAAAGAAACGUGACGCGGUGCUGACGCGUGUGAUUUAAUACUUAUUAAUAAUAUAUAUUUUAUUUAUGUAAUUUUUAUAUAUAUAUAUAUAUGUAUGUAUAUAUAUACAGAGAUAGUGUCUUCUUUCAGUAACUAUAUAUCCUCCUCGUAUUCCUACUGUCGAAAAAAAGCAAACUAACUCACCCGCUACCAUGGAAAAUAAUCGCAUUCCUCUCUCGCGUUCUAUCUAAUCGCAUUCUUUUUACACAGUUCUGUUUGUUUGUUUUUUUUUUUUUGAAUAGUGUUCGCAAGUACCAUAUUACACAUACACAUUGCGUGUGAAACACAUUUCCAUGAUCGUUCUAAAGAACAGAUGAUCGUAAAUGUAAUAACUUGUGAUGUGUGUAAACAAACGCACGAUUUUUUUUUACAUUUAUUAAUUGUCGAAAUCACGACAGUUGCACUUCACGUGUGUGUGUGUGUGUGUGUGUGUGUUAACAAUCGUUCGUAGAUAACAGAAGUAAUGAAAACAAUUGAUGAAGAGAAAAAUACUGUAACACCUAUUACUGCAGGCAGUGAUGACACUUAAGUAUGAGCUAUAGCGAAGCAUCAGUAAAACUGUUCGUGGUAUUGUUAUUAUUAUUUGUUUUUUUUUUUUUUUUUUUUUUUUAAUUCUUCUAUGUAUACAUAAAAGAGAAAACAAGAAACAUUUUAAACCAACAAUAAUAAAUAAGAAAAUACAUAUAAAGAUUCGAAAAAGGAAUGUUUCAACGCAUCCUUAAGACGUUAAAUUAAAAAAAAAUGCUCGACAUUUCUCAGGAUUUCGCUCUAUUUUAUACAAGAUGCACCGGGGGGUGGUAGAGAGAGUAUUUUUACACUUAGAGUAAACGACGAUUCUCUUUGUUUUUUUAUGUUCAAAUAAAUUAUGUCCAAGUCGUAUUUAUCAUUUCGUCGGAUCUUGACGGACAGAUGAAAUUUCACGUCACAUUUUCGUUCGCAAAUUGCCUCAACUUUUUGCGGGUAAACGGCGUCGAAAAAAAGAUCACUUUUCACAAAUUACAUACUUCUCACCGUUAAAAUAUAGGAACUAAAACUGAAAACAACUUUCAGAUACACUAAAAUCCCUUACAUGUACAAAUACAAUUGACUCUGUUUAUCAUGUACUAAUACUAGUUUUUUUUUGUUUUUUUUUGUUUUUUGUUUUUAGCUUUUAUACUACACGAUAUAUAAUAAAGACUUGCAAGCUUGAACGCUAUAAAGGAAGGCACCUAAAACAUACGAGCUAGUAUCUACACAUUAUGUUACAUUUUUAUAUUAUAUGUAUAUAUAUAUAAUAUGCGUGUGCAUAAAAACACGUAGAUUACAAACAGUUUUAUAAUAUAUUGUCACAUCUGUUUUUUUUGUUUUUUGUUUUUUUUUUGUUUUUUUUACAUUGAACUAGAUCCUGCCCUGUAGACUGUCGAUACAAAAGACGCAGCAUAAUAGCAGAGUACACGGUGAUUAAUAACAAAAUACCUAAAAUUUUUUAAAUUAUUCGCUCAAGUGAUUGAAUAAUUUCUUUGUUGCUUUUUUUUUUAAAUACAUUAGACUGAUAA